AUGAUGCACAGUCUAUGCUGCUAUGGGAUGACACUGAAAAAGAUACUCCUCGUGUUUGUCCUGGCGGCAUCAAGUCUUGUUCUCAUUGUUCUGGCCACGGCUUUGGUUCUCCACCCAGACAUGCACGAAACCAACGAGGAGUCGCGCUGGAUCGUUGUCUUGAUCUACCCGAUCGCUUUGUCAACUCUCACCGGAGCUAUAUGCAUCGCUGUUGACCACAGAGCAGUCGUGCAUUGGGAGGAGCCCACGCCGCUGCCAGUAGCACAGAAGGAGGUGCGACGAGUUUGGGCAUCUGAGCUCUUCAGCAACUUGCAGAUGUCUCGUCCCGAGUUCUGCAGCCACUGUGCACAGAGAGGACCUCCUGCAGAGUGGGCGGCCCCUUGCCCUGCUCCCUGGAUGCCCUGCAACCCCGUGGUGGUCAAGACGUGCUUGUGCUGCCUUGAUGAUUUCGAAGAGUCUAACCAGGUGGCCAUUCUUCCCUGUGGGCAUAUUUUCCACGAAGCUUGCAUCAAAUCCUGGUCGCUCUCCCUGGCCGAAGCUGCAGGCUCGUGUCCUGCAUGCAGAGCUCAGUUCCACACUGUAGCUCUUGUGUAG